GUCAGAUCGUGGGGUGAUGCGGAAUUGCGUCAGUGGCCCGCACCUCAACAACGGCGCUAAAAGUCGUCUGCACUUGAACUCGGCAGAAUUCGAAUGCCCCUGCCCCGGUUAUUGACGUAAAGGUUCACCGAUUCGUUCUCCCGAAAAUACAAAACGAUUUGAAGCCAUCUGAAGAAACAAGAUGUCCGCUAAGGCCAUCUACGAGGCCACUGGCAAAGACUUGCUUAACCGCCACCUGUCCCUGCCCCAAGUCCCCAAGAGUCGGUUCGUGGUGGUUGAAGAGCAAACCGACUGGCAGAGAGUGGUCGAGGAAAACCAAUGGCUCUUGCAAGAGAAACUGGUGGUGAAGCCGGAUCAGCUGAUCAAGAGGCGUGGGAAGUUGGGGCUGAUCAAGAUCAACGCUGAUCUGUCUGGAGUUCGGGCUUGGAUCGAUGAGCGCAUGAACAAGAACGUUCAGGUGGAACGUACUACGGGCCGAUUGCACCAUUUCAUCGUGGAACCUUUCCUGCCACACGAACAGGAAAACGAGGUCUACCUCUGCAUCCACUCUCACAGGCAUGCAGACACCAUCCUAUUCCACCACGAGGGGGGCAUAGACAUAGGGGACGUCGACUCCAAGGCCCUGAAGCUGGAUGUGCCGAUAGACGAGAAGCCCUCCAGGGAAGCCAUCGUAGAAAUCCUGCUGAAGAAUCUGUCGCCAGAUAGCAAAGAGUUAGUGACAGACUUCAUCGUCGCUUUGUACGACUUGUAUGUAUCGCUCCACUUCACCUACUUGGAGAUCAAUCCUUUGGUGCUGGUGGACGGGCGGAUCCACGUCCUGGACCUGGCGGCCAAGCUGGACGCCACGGCCGACUUCCUCUGCAAGUCCAAGUGGGGGGAGAUCCCCUUCCCCCCGGCCUUCGGGCGCGACGCCUUCCCCGAGGAGGCGUACGUCGCGGACCUCGACGCCCGGAGCGGCGCCUCCCUCAAGCUCACCAUCCUGAACCGGCACGGCCGCAUCUGGACCAUGGUGGCCGGGGGCGGCGCCUCCGUCAUCUACUCGGACACGGUGUGCGAGCUGGGCGGCGCCUCGGAGCUGGCCAACUACGGGGAGUACUCGGGGGCGCCCACGGAGAUGCAGACGUACGAGUACGCGCGCACCCUGCUGUCGCUGAUGACGGCGGACGCCCCCGCCCCGGAGGGCAAGAUCCUGCUGGUGGGCGGCGGCAUUGCCAACUUCACCAACGUGGCCGCCACCUUCAAGGGCAUCGUCAAGGCGCUGGUGGAGUACCGGACCAAGCUGGUCGACCACCGGGUGUCCAUCUUCGUGCGCAGGGCCGGCCCCAACUACCAGGAGGGCCUGCGCGUCAUGAGGGAGGUGGGCGGCACCCUGGGCGUGCCCAUCCACGUGUUCGGUCCGGAGACGCACAUGACGGCCAUCGUGGCCAUGGCCAUGGGCAAGGAGCGGCUGCCCGAGGCCCCCGAGCCGGCGCCCCCCACCACCGCCAACUUCCUGCUCCCGGGCGGCAUGGUGCAGUCCGCGCCGCCCAGCAAACUGCCGCGCACCGACUCCGGCAACGGCCUGUCCUCCUUCGCAGACCGCUCCAGGAGCUCGAGCGUGGACUCCGCCUCCUUCGACCCCGAGGGCGGGGCGAGGCGCCCCCUCUUCCACCGGGGCACGCGUGCCAUCGUGUGGGGCAUGCAGAACCGGGCUGUCCAGGGCAUGCUGGACUUUGACUACGUGUGCUCCCGCGACCAGUGCUCGGUGGCCGCCAUGGUGUACCCCUUCACCGGGGACCACAAGCAGAAGUUCUACUGGGGGCACAAGGAGAUCCUCAUCCCCGUCUACAAGAACAUGGCCGACGCCAUGCGCAGGCACAAGGACGCAGACGUGAUGAUCAGCUUCGCCUCCCUCCGCUCGGCCUACGAGAGCACCCUGGAGACGAUGCAGUACCCCCAGAUCCGGGUGAUCGCCAUCAUCGCCGAGGGGAUACCCGAGAACAUGACGCGCAAGAUGAACAAGAUGGCCGCACAGAAGGGAGUCACCAUCAUAGGUCCGGCCACGGUGGGCGGCAUCAAGCCGGGCUGCUUCAAGAUCGGCAAUACGGGCGGCAUGAUGGACAACAUCCUGGCUUCCCGGCUGCACCGCCCGGGGAGCGUGGCGUACGUCAGCCGCUCGGGCGGCAUGUCCAACGAGCUCAACAACAUCGUGUCCCGCAACACGGACGGAGUAUACGAGGGGGUGGCCAUCGGGGGAGACAGGUACCCCGGCACCACGUUCCUGGACCACCUGCUGCGCUACCAGUCGGAGCCGGACGUCAAGAUGAUGGUGCUCCUGGGCGAGGUGGGAGGCACGGAGGAGUACGACGUGUGCGCCGCCCUGCGGGACGGCCGCAUCACCAAGCCCCUGGUGGCCUGGUGCAUCGGCACCUGCGCCGGCAUGCUCUCCACCGAGGUGCAGUUCGGGCACGCCGGCGCCUGCGCCCAGAGCGAGCGGGAGACGGCCCGGGCCAAGAACGCCGCCCUGGCCGGGGCCGGCGCCUACGUCCCCGACACCUUCGACAACCUGGGCAAGACCAUGCGGGGCGUCUUCGAGGACCUGGUGGAGCGGGGUGAGGUCGUGCCCCAGCCGGAGGUUCCCCCUCCGGCCGUGCCCAUGGACUACAGCUGGGCGCGGGAGCUGGGCCUGAUCCGCAAGCCGGCCUCCUUCCUGACCUCCAUCUGCGACGAGCGGGGGCAGGAGCCCCUCUACGCCGGGACCCCCAUCUCCUCCGUCAUCCGCGAGGACCUGGGCAUCGGGGGCGUCCUCGGCCUGCUCUGGUUCCAGCGCCGCCUGCCGCCCUACGCCGCCCACUUCCUGGAGCGCGUCCUGGUGGUCACCGCCGACCACGGGCCCGCCGUCUCGGGGGCCCACAACACCAUCGUCUGCGCCCGCGCCGGCAAGGACCUGGUCUCCUCCCUGGUCUCGGGGCUCCUCACCAUCGGGGACAGGUUUGGAGGUGCCCUGGAUGCAGCAGCUAGGAUGUUCUCCGAGGCCUACGACUCUGGGAUGCUGCCCAUGGAAUUCGUCAAUUCCAUGCGCCGCAAAGGGCAGCUCAUCAUGGGCAUCGGACACAGGGUCAAGUCCAUCAACAACCCGGACCAGAGGGUCCAGAUCCUGAAAGAAUACGCCAAGGAACACUUUCCCGCAACGCCAGUUCUGGACUAUGCCCUGCAAGUGGAGAAAAUCACCACAUCCAAGAAGCCGAACCUGAUCCUGAACGUGGACGGCCUGAUUGGUGCUUGUGUGGUGGACCUCUUGAGAUGCUCGGGCCUUUUCACGCCCGAAGAGGCUCAAGAAUACAUCGAGAUCGGGGCUCUCAAUGGACUCUUCGUGCUGGGGAGGACCGUGGGAUUCAUCGGCCACUACUUGGACCAACGUCGACUGAAGCAAGGGCUCUAUCGUCAUCCCUGGGACGAUAUCUCCUACAUACUCCCAGAGGCACUGCUGGAUGAAGAGGCCUGAGGAAGUGGUUUCGAAGCGAAACCACCGCCCCCCUACCGAAGAGACUCUCCUCUGGUCAGGGGGAGAGCGAGAUUUUCGUUGCUUCUCACGCUCGGGGGCCAUUUUCUGUGUUUCUGAUGGACAAAUUGAAAUAUUUAUUUCCCGAUGCGAUUAAUACUUAUUUAUUUAACGAACGAAGGGUGGUACGCUGUGGUCCUCGUACCCCCCACUGUUAGAGUGUACAUAGUGUAUUUUGCAAAGGUUGUAAACGCUGUUUGUAUUUCAUCCGCUAUUUUUCGAGAGAGAGAUAUUAGCCGUUGAAAACAUCCACUAAAACCGGUUUUUUGUUUCUUUUAUCGAUGAUCUAUUUUUGUUAAUGUUUUCAAUGGAUUGAUUAAAGGUGGUUUUUUUUUUAAAUAUUCAUUUCAUAUUUAUAAAUGGUUCUUUUGCUAUUCUUUCAUUUAUUUUUUAUUUUCUAAAGGGCCCACGUAGUUUUGGGGACCCACUUAAACAGUUUGUCUUUGUUAAUGUGUUGAUGUGAUCGAAUAGGAUGACUGCCAGCAAAUCAUCAGAAUGUAUUUUGAAUCCAUGUAUUAUUCUUAAAAUUUCCACUGUUGCUUUUUUGCAUUGUAGCUCUGGUUUGUUCAUUUAAAUUUGUCAAAAUACGUACUAACCCACUAACAAGAUGCUGUAUCGUAACAAUAUACUAACGUCAAAAUCACCUGUGAUUUCUGGGAACCACAACUAAACAAAACCUACUCAAUAGGUUAACAAAAUUCAAUAGGUUAACAGGACUAAAGCAAAACUCAAUAGGUUAACAGGACUAAAGCAAAACUCGAUAGGUUAACA